AUGAAGGAUUUUUGGGAGCUACAAGAUCACAUUUUAGCUACCUUUGGAGAGAAAGAGCCCGAAGCACCUGUUCUGCGAGUGAAAAAUAUCACGCAAACAUCGCUCAUAUUAGAAUGGGACCCUCUCGUUCUUCAUACAGCCAAACUUCGAUCAUUGGAUAUAUAUAAAAACGGUACAAAAUUAGCUCAACAUAUACCUGGCAAUACCAACUUUAUCAAACUAUCCGGUCUUGAUGUGGAUCAUGAAUUUGAAUUUCAUAUUGUUAUCAAAACGACUGCUGGUGAAUUUAAGUCGAAUAUUAUCAAAGCACGUACACAUAAGAUGGAUAAUCUGACAGGUAUCCGCGUUGCUUUUGGCAAAUUUGAUGAACCUGAAUCUGCCGUUACAGAAUUGAAGGAUUUAUUGGACAGAAUUGGCGCAUCAUGGUCAGAAGAAGUAAACAUAGAAACCACCCAUUUAUUGGCACAAUUACCUGGUGGAGCCAAUUAUGAAAAUGCUGUUCAACACUCUAUACCAAUUGUCAAACCUGAAUGGCUCGUCCAAUGUGAUCGUAACAAGAAGAUUCAGCCUGCUCUACCCUAUUACAUUGUCAAUGUUCCUAAUAAUGCUAAUACCAGUAAUAAUGAGUAG